GUCUCUGAAUGGGCUCAUUGUGGAGAGGGAUGUGAUUGUGUGCGGUGUGCGUGGACCCCCUUAACUAGCUGGUCAGCACUAGGAGGGAUUAGCUACUAGCCUCGCUCUCAGACGGGCAUUGCUAAGCCUGAAUCAUGCACAUCGUCAUUAUUCCCCACUGGGAGUGGAGCCGUAGUUGUGCAAGAUGCGGAUAGCGGGGACGCGUUUCGUUCUGUCCGCAGGUCGUCCAAGAAGUUUCCCGAGUUCCGACCUCUUCACGAGGUCUCCCGCAGGACGCACAGUCGGGUGUGCGGCUCUCAUCACAUGUGCUUCACGUUAAACUGCCCCGACCCCGAAAAGACACCGACGGAAAAACGAAACACACAACUUAACACUGAACCCCUGAGACGAUUUGUGGAGUGAAAAAGGAAACUUUUACGCAUUGAGAGGUCCACCAGGGAGGAGGACUGCAACGAUGGGGAACGCAGGGAGUAUGGAUCACCACAACGACUUCAGGGGUCACCAUAUGCCCUCGAAGCUCCCCAUGCCUGAACAAAGUGAACUGGAGGAGAGAUUUGCAAUCGUGCUGAACUCCAUGAACCUUCCUCCAGACAAGGCUCGGUUACUACGGCAAUACGACAACGAGAAGAAGUGGGAACUGAUCUGCGACCAGGAACGGUUCCAAGUCAAAAACCCUCCUCACACAUACAUCCAGAAGCUCCGGAGUUAUCUGGACCCGGCUGUGACCCGGAAGAAAUUCAGACGAAGGGUCCAGGAGUCCACCCAAGUCCUCAGAGAACUGGAAAUUUCAUUACGGACCAAUCACAUAGGGUGGGUCCGAGAGUUCCUGAAUGAGGAGAACAAAGGCCUGGAUGUGCUGGUGGAGUAUCUGUCCUUCGCCCAGUACGCCGUCACGUUUGAUGGCGACUGCGCGGAGAACAACUUGGAGAACUCUGUGGACAAGUCCAAGCCUUGGAGUCGGUCCAUAGAGGACUUCCACGGCGGGGGGACCCUACCCUCCAACGGCUCUGGGAUCAGCCGCGCCGGGAGGCAGUCCACGCUACGGACGGGGAGCACCACUAAGUGCCCAAAGUGCUCGGAAAAACGACGUUCGAACACGCUCCCCAGCCGCCGGACCCUGAAGAACUCGCGGCUGGUGUGCCGGAAGGACGAUGUCCACGUGUGCAUCAUGUGCCUGCGAGCCAUCAUGAACUACCAGUACGGCUUCAACAUGGUCAUGUCGCACGCACACGCUGUGAAUGAAAUUGCUCUGAGUCUCAACAAUAAGAACCCCAGGACCAAAGCUCUGGUGCUGGAGCUGCUGGCGGCCGUGUGUCUCGUCCGGGGGGGCCACGAAAUCAUCCUCUCCGCCUUCGACAACUUUCAAGAGGUGUGUGUGGAGGAGCAGCGCUUCGAGAAGCUAAUGGAGCACUUCAGGAACGAAGACAACAACAUUGACUUCAUGGUGGCGUGUAUGCAGUUCAUCAACAUCGUGGUCCACUCGGUGGAGGACAUGAACUUCCGGGUCCACCUGCAGUACGACUUCACCAAGCUGUUUCUGGACGAGUACCUCGACAAGCUGAAGCACACAGAGAGCGACAAGCUGCAGGUGCAGAUCCAGGCGUACCUGGACAACGUGUUCGACGUGGGCGCGCUGCUGGAGGACGCCGAGACCAAGAACGCCGCCCUGGAGCGGGUAGAGGAGCUGGAGGAGAACAUGUCCCACUUGUCAGAGAAGCUACAGGACACGGAGAACGAAGCAAUGUCCAAGAUCGUGGAGCUGGAGAAGCAGCUGAUGCAGCGGAACAAGGACCUGGAAGUAAUCCGGGAAGUGUACAAGGACACCAGCUCCCAGGUGCACGCGCUGCGGCAGAUGGUGAAGGACCGGGACGCCACGCUGCAGCGCCAGGGCAACCUGGAGAAGAAGAUCCAGGAGCUGGAGAAGCAGGGCACGCUCAAGGGCCACAAGAAGGGCCACGGGGACGCCUCCGUCCUGGCCCCGGGCGCCGCCGGCACCGCCCCCACCGGCGCGCUCACGCUACCGCCCGGCGUGGAGGGGGGCGGGGUACCAGGAGGCGGAGUCCUGAACUAUACGGGGGACAUGAUGUUGGCCCCGUUGCCACCUCCCCCUCCUCCUCCUCCACCACCUCCUCCUAUGAACGGCUUGUUGCCAAACGGGAGCUCGCCGGUCGACUCCCUCAUAGCACCGCCACCUCCCCCUCCUCCCCCACCUCCUCCUCCUCCCCUCCCCUCGUCGGGGGGGUGCAUACCUCCCCCGCCUCCCCCUCCACUCCCAGGAGGCGGCGGAACGCCCACCGUCAUCAUGAACUCCGGCCUCGCAGAGGGACCCAUCAAACUGUUCUCCGUGAAGAUCAAGAAGCCGAUCAAGACAAAGUUCAGGAUGCCCGUGUUCAACUGGGUGGCACUGAAGCCCAACCAAAUCAACGGCACCGUCUUCAACGAGAUCGACGACGAGAGAAUACUGGAGGACCUGAACGUGGACGAGUUUGAGGAGAUGUUCAAGACCAAGGCCCAGGGGCAGGCCUUCGACGUGAUCUCCAGCAAGCAGAAGGUGUCCCAGAAGGGCCCCACUAAGGUGUCCCUGCUGGACUCCAACCGGGCCAAGAACCUGGCCAUCACGCUGCGGAAGGUGGGCAAGACCCCCGAGGAGAUCAGCAAGUCCAUCCAAAUCUUCGACCUGCGCGCGCUGCCCGUGGACUACGUGGAGUGCCUGAUGCGCUUCCAGCCCACGGAGACGGAGGUGAAGAUCAUGCGGCAGUUCGAGAAGGAGCGCAAGCCGCUGGAGAGCCUGACCAACGAGGACCGCUUCAUGAUGCACUUCAGCAAGAUCGAGCGGCUCAUGCAGAAGAUGACCAUCAUGGCCUUCAUCGGGAACUUCACCGAGAGCGUGCAGAUGCUCACGCCGCAACUCCAUGCCGUCAUCGCGGCCUCCGUGUCCAUCAAGUCGUCCCAGAAGCUGAAGAAGAUCCUGGAGAUCAUCUUGGCGCUGGGAAACUACAUGAACAGUGGCAAGCGAGGAGCCGUGUACGGAUUCAAACUACAGAGUUUAGACUUGCUGCUGGACACCAAGUCGACGGACCGCAAGCAGACGCUGCUGCACUACAUCGCCAACGUGGUGCGGGAGAAGUACCAGCAGGUGUCUCUGUUCUACAACGAGAUCCACUAUGUGGAGAAGGCAGCGGCAGUGUCGCUGGACAACGUGCUUCUGGACGUGCGGGAGCUGCAGCGGGGCAUGGACCUGACCAAGAGGGAGUACAGCAUGCACGGCCACAACACCAUGCUCAAGGACUUCAUCGCCCUCAAUGAGGCCAAGCUGCGCAAGCUGCAGGAGGACGCCAAGAUCGCCCAGGACGCUUUUGACGAGGCGGUAAAGUUCUUCGGCGAAAACAGCAAGACCACCCCCCCAUCGGUCUUCUUCCCUGUGUUUGUACGCUUCGUCAAGGCCUACAGGCAAGCGGACGAGGACAACGAGUUCAGGAAGAGGCAGGAGCAGAUGCUGAUGGAGAAGCUGUUGGAGCAGGAGGCCAUGAUGGAGGAGGACAAGAAGUCCCCCUCCAAGAGCAAGCAUCCACAGCGGGAGCUGAUCCAGGAGCUGCGGAAGAAGCAGGUGAAGGACAGCCGACAUGUCUACGAAGGGAAGGACGGAACCAUCGAAGACAUUAUCACAGUGCUGAAGACCGUGCCCUUCACCGCGCGCACCGCCAAGCGCGGCUCGCGCUUCUUCUGCGACCCCGCCCUCAGUGACGAGUACCAUUACUAAGCUUGUAGAACGCUCGCUCCCGCUCCUCCCGCACCAAGAUCUGAGGAACCAGCCAUACAGGCGAGCCGAUGGCGUGCGUCGCAGUGGCCGCCGGCGUUUCGAUGACCAGAGCCUGCGGCCAAUCAACAGCGGGGAGGUGGUCAUGUGACGAGGGACCGCAGGAAGAUGUGAUGUGGAUGGGUGAAGGGACGUGCGAUGGUUUUAGAAAGAGAGGGGGAGAGAGAGAGAGAGCGGAUGGAUGUGAGACGGAAGAUGCCGGGAGGAGGAUGCUGCUGAGUUUCCUAGCAACCAACAGAGAUAAAUAUGUAAAUAUAUACAUGAAAGAAAACGAAAAGACAAUGAAUCUCUGGCGUAGGAGUGGCCUCUGGAAUAAGAAGGACUUGGGUGUAGGGGGGGGGGGGGUUAGACCGAUGGAGACGAGGGAGUGGGAGAGUGGUCUGCAAUGUUAAAAAGAAAAGAAAAGUAAUUUGCAAAGUGCCUGAACUUUUCAUGUGAUGUCAUAACGUUGUUAGUUUUCGGUUCGUUUUUCGUCCAAUUGUCGAUAGUCAUUACAAUCCAUGAAACACCACCAGGCUUUAAAUCCUUAAGACAUCUGGGAUGCGAUGAACCAACUGGAUGAUACGGUGAUACGUAGCAGGGCAGUGGAUACUGGGAAGAAGAAUUGGAACUUGCACAGAAUGUAUGGAACGCAUUCCGUGUGACAGUUCCGGAACCCUCUGGCACGAGGAUCCAAGGCCGCAUUACUUAAGCACAUUCCAAGACUCCAGGGAUUCCUAUGACCCAACGAGCUUGAAAAGCAUUUUUUCAAAACAAAAUGGCUUUUCAAUCUUUUUUUCUCCAAAAGGGUUCCUUAUCAAAGUAUUAGCUGUUGAGAUUUAAGCGAUGAUUCGAAAAAUCGUAGAAAAGGUCUGGUAGGACCGUGCCACGGUGACUUUGAAUUAUUUCAAGAGGGAUAUGAGUUGUUGGAGGAUGGGGCCAGGUUAAUGUGAACUUUAUAUUGCACAUCAUUUGUAUGCUUGACUGUACGGACGACUCAUUCAAAGCUUAUUCUUUGGUGAGGAGAGAACGAGGCUGUCCCAUCACAGUGAUGCGAUGUUAGUGUGUCCUCCAUUUUGUUUGAAUACAGUUGUGUUGUGGGUCAAUACAUGAAUAUACCACCAGAGUGUUCACUAUGAGCAGAGUGUACCCAGGACACUGAAGCCCAUGUGAUGAAUACACGAUGGAAAGGGGGAUCGAAAUACUUUAUUUUUGUUUGUUUGAAAUUGUUCAAAGGGGAUUUGGAAUCAGUGCAGCCAUCUUCAUAUCCUUAUUGUAUUUUUUAUUGUAUAGUAUUUAACCACUAAAAAGGUUUCAUUCUAGCUUUCAAUGUUUGUUUUUGUUUCAUGUGACCUUUCCAUUUGGCAGAAUGUCAGUUAAUGACGGCUCCUCUACGUCGACAUGGCAAAAAAACAAAAAAACAAAGUUUUGUAAAUGUACAGAUAUUUUGCUACAAACGUAAAUUUUGUUGUACCCUUUUUUUAAUUCCUAAUUCAUAUGACCCGUGAGGUUCAUAUUGUAAAUAUUGUUUAAACAAAAGUUUACAAUGCUUUGUGCUCUACAAUUUGAAUGUUAUUAACUUAUAGUUGUUUUCAUUUCUUAUAUUUAAUUAAACCAAAACAAUAGCCUAACAAAUCAUUAUUGUAGAGUGCUAUGAAGGCUUCUCAUACUGGAUCACUUCAUUAAAUACCGAGUGGAUCAGAAAACUACACUAAGCCAGCGACGCACACAGCACGGGAUGCAAGGGUUUCAUACACUGUUUGAGUGUGUGAAUAGCGUUAAAUUUUAUAUCUAAUUUGGACCUCAAUGUUGACAUUUGUUUAUUUUUUUAAAUAAGUUACUGCCAAUUUAGAACAUAAUGGUUUGAUAGCAAUGGAACAUUGACAUGAAAUCGAUUUAGCCUUUCUUAUCUGAUGUACCCGGUUCGAAUAAGGUUGUUUUCCAGUCGCUGGCUUGUGCAACGUUGUGAUCCAUUCUGUUCUCUGGACCAAAAAUAACCCAUUAAAGCAUGUUGUGCAUUACCAUGUUCUCUGAAGAACGUCCUGCUCAUCUCUUCUCCUGGACUGGAUAAUACUGGCAUGUCUCUGUUUAAAUCAGAAUUGUAUUUUAGGCAUUGUGUGCUGACUAUAAAAUACUUAAAAUAACUUCUUUUUUUUACGUUAGGCGGGAUUCUUAAUGAAUACGAUCAAUUAAACUAUUUACAUUGAAUG